AUGCGCACCCAGUUCUCUCUCCUUGGAGUCGCGGCUCUCGCGAGCACCAUCGUCAACGCGAUCCCCUCCACGCUCGAGGCCAGGGCCCUUCCCCAGGUUUCAGCCGUCGCCAAGCCGAGAGCAUGCUCCUCGUACCCGACCUUCGAUCCCGCCACCGGCGAGGCUACCGAGUUCAUAUUCUAUGCCGACUCGACCGAGGAGCCUGUCCUGCCGUUCGCCGGUACCGUGGUGGGAAAUCUGGCAAACACCAACCUGGCAAUUGCAAGGAUCGGAAUCGCCGUCCGCCAGGAUCUCGCCAAGGCCGUGACCAAGUGCUUCCCCGACGGCGGCGAGGAGGGACUCCGCACCCGCACGCACGGCGACUGGAGGCGUCUCACCCUUUCCGGAAGCGAGGACGAAAACGUCAUCUUGGUCGGUCAAGGUCCCGUGGCCCACCGGCCCUUGACCCCCCACGAUCACUUCUUCGCCAACGGCACGCAGCAGCCCGGCGUCUUCAUGGGCGACAGCGGAUCCACCACCUGGGCCUUCUCGAGGAAGAAGGCCAGCGCCUGUGAGCCGUUCGACCAGUACGAGAUUCGUCUUCUGAAGAGUGCCGACUCGCCCCUGAAGAAGGGAGAGUUCAGGGGCUUCGUGCGUGCUGCUUGA